AUUGAUUGAUCCCGCCUUGGACUUGCCGCUCUCUGUUGCCACUGCGUAGUUCGUGUUCGUGGCUCGUAGUUGCCUGACAGUUCAUUCUAGAGCGGGGGUCGGUCGAACUCUCGUACACUCCCGCGAACGCACGCUCGAAAUCAACUACAGUAGAGGUCCAGUGGUACGUACAUCGACCCGGCAUGGGCGAUUCCUUGGACGGCUCCGGGGAACCGUCCCCGGAGUCGCAGAACGUCGCGAUUGUCGAGUUCCCGACGUUCGCCAACUAUCUGCGCAAGGCCGUCACCGUGUUGCUACCGGACGAAGAUGCGGUGCCGCCCGCGUUCAACUUUGCGCUCGAGGACCGCUACAAUCAGGAUUGUGUCCGCAAGUUCCUCGGCGACUCGCAAGUCAGUUCGCUCUACAUACAGAGGAGCUCGACCAAAGAAGAAGAUAGCGGCGAAGGGGAUGAAGACAAGGAGAAUGCAACUUACUAUAUAUCGAACGAGAUACACUUUUCAAAUCCAAAAAUGGCCUCCUUAGUUUUAACAAAACGUGGAAUUGUCGUGGAGGCUGACAAGUCGAUUCACUCUCAAGUGCGUUUGAUCACUUUCUCCGAUGGACCGCCAUACGAAACGUUACAUGCGAUAAGUAAAACUAUGGCACCUUAUUUCAAAAGUUAUGUGAAAGAAACAGGUCGCGCUCACAGGGACGGUGACAAAAUGGUACCGUUGGUAGAGAAGAAAAUUGCAGAGCUCGAAAUGGGAUUAUUGCACUUGCAGCAGAAUAUUGAUAUCCCUGAAAUCUCGCUGCCCGUACAUCCGAUUGUGGCGCAAGUUAUUAAACAAUGCGAAGAGGAAGGCCGCAAGCCAAAGGUUGCUGACUUUGGCGACAAGGUGGAAGAUUCGACAUUCUUGAAUCAGUUGCAGAACGGUGUCAACAGGUGGAUAAAAGAGAUCCAAAAGGUGACGAAAUUGAAUCGCGAUCCGGAAUCGGGUACGGCGCUUCAGGAGAUCUCGUUUUGGCUGAAUCUCGAGAGAGCGUUACAUCGCAUUCAGGAGAAGCGGGAGAGCAUCGAGAUCUCCCUGACGCUCGACAUACUCAAGCAUGGCAAACGUUUCCACGCCACUGUGAGCUUCGACACCGACACCGGUUUGAAACAAGCGCUGGCCACCGUGAACGACUACAAUCCGUUAAUGAAAGACUUUCCGAUCAACGAUCUGUUGUCGGCCACCGAAUUGGAGAGAAUACGCAGCAGCGUACAGCAGAUCUUUAUGCACUUGAGAAAGAUCCGAAGCACGAAGUAUCCCAUUCAGAGAGUGCUGAGAUUGGUGGAAGCUAUCUCGAGAGAUUUGGGGCAGCAAUUGCUGAAGGUGUUGGGUACACGACGACUGAUGCAUAUUCCAUUCGACGAUUUCGAGAAAGUCAUGGCGCAGUGCUUUGAAGUAUUCACCACUUGGGACGACGAGUACGACAAGCUCACGGGAUUGCUGAGAGACGUUGUGAAGAAGAAGCGCGACGAGCACAUGAAGAUGGUAUGGCGAGUCCUACCGGCGCACAAGAAGCUGCAAUCGAGAAUGGAGCACAUGCGUCGCUUCCGACGACAGCACGAACAACUGAGAACAGUGAUAGUUCGCGUGCUCAGACCCACCGUACGCCAGAGCAGUAACACCUCGACGUUGGAAAAUGCUGAUAACGACAACGUCAAGGUGGAGUUCGCGCUGGACGCGGCGGACGCCAAUGCUAUCAGCGAAGUUAAUUUGGCGUACGAGAAUGUGAAGGAGGUGGAUUGUCUGGAUAUCACCAAAGAAGGGCAGGAGUCCUGGGACGCCGCUGUGCACAGAUAUGAGGAGCGCAUAGAGCGCGUAGAGGCGAGAAUCACGGCGCAUCUUCGAGAUCAAUUGGGCACCGCUAAGAAUGCGAACGAGAUGUUUAGAAUUUUUUCGAGAUUCAACGCGCUCUUCGUAAGGCCGCACAUUCGGGGCGCCAUUAGAGAAUAUCAGACGCAACUGAUACAAAGAGUCAAGGAUGAUAUCGAAGCGUUGCAUGAAAAAUUCAAGGUUCAAUAUGCGCAAAGUAAAUGCUGUAGGAUGAGUAUGGUGAGGGAUUUGCCACCUGUCGCGGGAUCAAUAAUUUGGGUCAAACAAAUUGAUUACCAGUUGACGAUGUAUUUGAAACGCGUCGAGGAUGUUCUAGGUAAAGGAUGGGAGAGCCACAUCGAAGGUCAGAAACUAAAAGCCGACGGAGAUAGCUUUCGUAUGAAACUGUCAACGCAAGAGAUUUUCGACGACUGGGCGCGUAAGGUGCAGGCGCGAAAUCUUGGUGUGACUGGACGUAUCUUCACGAUCGAGAGCGUACGUUCGAGAACAGGACGCGGUAACGUGCUGAAGCUGAAAGUGAAUUUCCUUCCUGAGAUUAUUACGCUGUCGAAGGAAGUGAGAAACUUGAGGAACCUCGGAUUUCGAGUGCCUCUGCCGAUUGUCAAUAAGGCUCAUCAGGCGAACCAACUAUAUCCUUUCGCCAUCAGCCUCAUCGAGAGCAUCAGAACUUACGAGAGAACGUUGGAGAAGAUUGAGGACAAAGCCAGUAUUAUACCCUUGGUAGCUGGUAUGCGGAAAGAUGUUCUAACGUUGAUCUCUGAGGGUAUCGCAUUAGUUUGGGAAAGCUAUAAGCUCGAUCAAUACGUGCAACGUCUGUCCGACGCCGUCGUUUCUUUCCAAGAAAGGGUGGAAGAUCUUUUGGUCGUGGAAGAACAGCUGGACGUUGAUGUCCGUUCUCUCGAGACGUGUCCUUAUUCCGCAAACACGUUCGCUGACAUUUUGUCUAAGAUCCAGAAAUCAGUAGACGAGCUGUCUUUGAAGAAUUAUUCCAACUUACACAUUUGGGUGGCGAGACUCGACGAAGAAGUGGAGAAGAACUUGGCUGCCAGAUUGGAGGCUGGAAUAAAAGCGUGGACCGAUGCCUUGACCGGGCAUAAAAAAGAGGUGGACCUGAGUAUGGACACCGAUGCUCCCACGCAGCCAACGCAUAAACCCGGCGGCGAUCCUAAGAUUCAGAAUCAGAUCCACGAAGUUCGGAUUACCAAUCAGACCAUGUAUCUGUAUCCGAGCAUCGAGGAUGCACGAUUCCAGAUAAUGCAACAAUUAUUCGCGUGGCAAGCAAUUGUUACGUCGCAGAUUCGUCUCCAAAGCUCGAGAUAUCAAGUCGGGCUGGAUAAGCCCGAGUCGGGCACGUACAGAAACUUACUUACAAAAUUACCCGCCGGAAAGCAACCGCUGGAGGCAGCGUACGAAGCGGUGGAAUUCAAAAUGAAAGACGUUGCCGAUUACGUCGAUCAGUGGCUGCGUUAUCAGGCUCUUUGGGAUCUGCAGCCGGGCAAUCUUUACGGUAAAUUAGGCGAAAAUAUUAACUUGUGGAUGAAGUGUCUGAAUGAUAUCAAGAAGACGAGGACCACGUUCGAUACCUCUGACACCAGACGCGAAUUCGGACCUGUUAUUAUAGACUUUGCAAAGGUGCAGAGUAAAGUAUCGUUAAAAUACGAUUCGUGGCAUAAAGAAACUUUGGGCAAGUUUGGCACGCUUCUUGGCAACGAAAUGGCCAGCUUCCACUCUCAAGUAUCAAAAUCUAGGAGCGAUCUGGAGCAGCAGUCCAUCGAAGCGGCUAGUACGUCCGACGCGGUCGGUUUUAUAACAUACGUGCAAUCUCUGAAACGUAAGAUGAAAGCCUGGGAGAAACAAGUGGACAUAUAUCGCGAGGGCCAGAGGAUACUCGAGCGACAGAGAUUCCAAUUCCCGUCUUCUUGGCUGCACGUGGACAAUAUAGAAGGAGAAUGGGGUGCGUUUAAUGAAAUUAUCAAGCGUAAAGACACCAGCAUUCAGACUCAGGUCGCGUCCCUGCAAAUGAAGAUCGUCGCCGAAGAUAAAGCGGUUGAAACGAGGACUACCGACUUCCUCAGCGACUGGGAAAGAGGCAAGCCUGUGGAAGGUCAUCUGCGACCAGACGACGCCUUGCAGCAGUUGCAAUUAUUUGAGAGUAAAUUCGCUAGACUGAAAGAAGAAAGAGACAACGUCGCCAAGGCUAAAGAGGCGUUGGAACUACAAGAGCCGGGCGGAAUAUCGACCAGCGAGGACAGAAUGCAGGUGGUGUUUGAAGAGCUGCAAGACUUGAGAGGAGUCUGGUCGGAAUUGUCGAGAAUAUGGGCGCAGAUCGACGAAACGCGCGAGAAACCUUGGCUUUCCGUACAGCCGCGUAAGCUGCGCCAGCAACUGGACACGAUGAUGGCGCAACUGAAGGAGCUGCCAGCGAGAUUAAGGCAGUACUCGUCAUACGAAUACGUGAAGAAAAUGCUGCAAAGUUACACGAAAGUAAAUAUGUUAAUUGUCGAACUGAAAUCUGACGCGCUGAAAGAAAGGCACUGGAAACAAUUGACGAAGCAGCUGAGAGUGAACUGGGUGCUAAGCGAACUCACCCUCGGUCAAGUCUGGGACGUGAAUCUUCAAAAGAAUGAAGCCAUAGUCAAGGAUAUCAUCCUCGUCGCCCAAGGAGAAAUGGCUCUCGAGGAAUUCUUGAAGCAAGUACGCGAAUCCUGGCAAACGUACGAGCUGGAUUUGAUAAAUUACCAAAAUAAAUGCAGACUGAUACGCGGUUGGGAUGAUUUGUUUAACAAGGUAAAAGAGCACAUCAAUUCGGUGGCUGCUAUGAAAUUGUCGCCGUAUUACAAAGUGUUCGAAGAGGAAGCUCUGACCUGGGAGGAAAAGUUGAACAGAAUCAACGCCCUCUUCGAUGUGUGGAUAGACGUCCAGCGACGAUGGGUCUACCUCGAAGGCAUCUUUUCCGGUAGCGCGGAUAUCAAGACGUUACUGCCGGUGGAAACGUCACGUUUCCAAAGUAUCAGUUCCGAGUUUCUGGGCUUGAUGAAGAAAGUAUCCAAGUCUCCCAUGGUCACGGACGUGCUCAACAUUCCUGGCGUUCAAAGAGCGCUCGAACGUCUCGCCGAUCUUCUCGGCAAAAUUCAAAAAGCGCUGGGCGAGUAUCUGGAGAGAGAACGAACAUCCUUUCCAAGAUUUUACUUUGUCGGUGAUGAAGAUUUACUGGAGAUCAUCGGUAACAGCAAAAACGUCGCGAGACUGCAGAAGCACUUCAAGAAGAUGUUCGCCGGUAUAGCCGCUAUCCUGUUGAACGAGGAUAACACGAUCAUCACCGGUAUCGCUUCGCGCGAGGGCGAAGAAAUUAUAUUUCAGAAUCCCGUGUCCACGUCUGACCAUCCUAAAAUCAACGAAUGGUUGUCGCUCGUCGAGAAAGAAAUGCGCGUGACGCUUGCCUCGAGCCUUGCGAAAGCGGUGCAGGAUAUUAAGCAGUUCAAGGAUGGCAACAUAAAUGCACAGGCAUUUAUGUCGUGGUGCGACAAUUAUCAGGCUCAAAUAAUAGUUCUGGCCGCGCAGAUCUUGUGGUCGGAGGACGUAGAAGCGGCUCUUCACGAGGCGCAAACAGAUCCGAGCAAAAAUCCACUGGAAAGAGUUCUGGUGCAAGUGGAGAGCACGCUGAACGUGCUGGCUGAUUCCGUUCUUCAAGAACAGCCGCCGUUGAGGAGGAAGAAACUGGAGCACUUGAUUAACGAAUUCGUACACAAACGCACCGUAACGAGACGAUUAAUUUCCAACAAAGUUUCGAAUCCAAAGGCUUUUGAAUGGCUGUGUGAAAUGAGAUUCUACUUUGACCCGAGGCAAACGGAAGUGCUGCAGCAACUCACGAUACACAUGGCAAACGCCAAGUUCUCCUAUGGAUUUGAAUAUUUGGGAGUGCAGGAUAGAUUGGUGCAGACGCCGUUGACCGACAGAUGCUACCUGACGAUGACGCAAGCGUUAGAGGCUCGACUCGGUGGUUCGCCGUUUGGACCGGCCGGCACAGGAAAGACUGAAUCUGUGAAAGCGCUGGGUCACCAGCUGGGACGAUUCGUAUUGGUAUUCAAUUGCGACGAGACAUUUGAUUUCCAGGCUAUGGGUCGCAUAUUCGUCGGUCUCUGUCAAGUCGGUGCAUGGGGUUGCUUCGACGAAUUCAAUCGCUUGGAAGAGCGCAUGUUGUCCGCUGUUUCCCAACAAGUGCAAACGAUUCAAGAAGCGCUCAAGAGUCAGAUGGAAGGCAAGAAGGAAGGUAUGCUCUGCGUCGAAUUGGUUGGAAAACAAGUCAAGGUCUCCACGGAUAUGGCUAUAUUCAUCACGAUGAAUCCCGGAUAUGCCGGACGUUCCAAUCUACCUGACAAUCUGAAGAAGCUUUUCAGAUCACUGGCUAUGACCACGCCUGAUCGUCAGUUGAUCGCCGAAGUGAUGCUUUUCAGUCAAGGUUUCCGAUCUGCGGAAAAACUGGCGUGUAAAAUCGUUCCGUUCUUCAAGCUCUGUGACGAACAACUGUCUAAUCAAUCUCACUACGAUUUCGGAUUACGUGCACUCAAGUCUGUGCUGAUCUCUGCCGGAAACGUGAAACGCGAUCGUAUACAAAAGAUCAAAGAGGGCAUGCACAGCCGUGGCGAAACUAAUAUUGACGAAGCCUCGAUCGCUGAAAAUCUGCCCGAGCAGGAGAUACUUAUUCAAUCUGUAUGCGAGACGAUGGUCCCCAAAUUAGUUGCCGAAGAUAUUCCGUUGUUGUUUAGUUUGCUAAGCGACGUAUUCCCUAAUGUGAAUUACACACGCGCCGAAAUGAAGGGAUUGAAAGACCAAAUUAGGAAAGUAUGCGCCGAGGAAUAUCUAGUAUGUGGCGAAGGAGAUGAACAAGGAGGCGCCUGGCAAGAGAAGGAUUCUGUCGGUGAGACGUGGGUGGAAAAGGUGCUGCAAUUAUACCAAAUUUGUAACUUGAACCAUGGAUUAAUGAUGGUCGGUCCGAGCGGAUCCGGUAAAAGUAUGGCGUGGAAAGUGCUGCUUAAAGCAUUGGAGCGAUUUGAAGGUAUAGAAGGCGUCGCCCACGUAAUCGAUCCCAAGGCUAUUAGCAAAGAAACAUUGUACGGCGUGCUAGAUCCAAAUACACGUGAAUGGACCGAUGGUUUGUUCACGCAUAUACUGAGAAAGAUAAUCGAUAACGUCAGAGGAGAAAUUAACAAGCGGCAAUGGAUCAUAUUCGACGGAGAUGUCGAUCCAGAAUGGGUGGAAAACUUGAACUCUGUACUGGACGAUAAUAAGCUUCUCACUUUGCCCAACGGCGAACGCUUGAGCUUACCGCCGAACGUAAGAGUUAUGUUCGAAGUACAAGAUUUGAAGUACGCCACUCUGGCCACCGUGUCGCGUUGUGGCAUGGUUUGGUUCUCGGAGGAUGUGCUGUCGACGGAGAUGAUAUUCGAGAACUAUAUGCUACGCUUGCGAAAUAUUCCACUGGAGGACGGCGAGGAGGAUAAUCUUGGCAAGAAAGCCACGGAUAAGGAAGACACUAUAUCGCCUGCGUUAUCGGUGCAGAGAGAAGUCGGCAGCAUCAUGCAAAGUUACUUCGCGCCGGACGGCUUGGUCGUGAGAUGCUUGGAGUACGCCAUGAAGCAAGAACACAUAAUGGACUUUACGCGCCUGCGAGCUCUCAGUUCUCUGUUUUCCAUGCUGAACCAAGCCGUUCGUAAUGUACUGCAGUACAAUCACACUCAUACUGAUUUUCCUCUACCGAGCGAGCAGCUGGAGCGUUACAUGCCCAAGUGCUUGGUUUACGCACUCCUGUGGAGCUUCGCGGGCGAUGCUAAAUUAAAAGUUAGAUCCGAUUUGGGCGACUUUGUCAGAUCUAUCACAACUAUACCUUUGCCGUCGCAAAAUAACAUACCGAUCAUAGAUUUUGAAGUGAAUAUACACGGCGAAUGGUUGCCUUGGAGCAACAAAGUUCCUCAAAUUGAAGUGGAGACUCAUAAAGUGGCUAGUCCUGAUAUCGUUGUACCAACGUUGGAUACUGUGAGGCACGAGAGUUUACUGUACACUUGGUUGGCUGAACACAAGCCGCUGGUACUCUGUGGACCACCCGGUUCUGGUAAAACCAUGACGCUAUUCUCCGCUUUGCGAGCCUUACCCGAUAUGGAAGUUGUCGGACUUAACUUCUCUUCCGCCACGACGCCCGAAUUGUUACUCAAAACGUUUGAUCACUACUGCGAAUAUCGCAAGACACCUAACGGCGUUGUACUUUCUCCGGUACAGCUGGGCAAGUGGCUGGUUCUGUUCUGCGACGAAAUCAAUUUACCUGACAUGGAUAAUUACGGAACACAACGCGUUAUCUCCUUCUUGAGGCAAUUAGUCGAACACAAAGGCUUUUAUAGAACCAGCGAUCAGGCGUGGGUCACCUUGGAAAGAAUUCAGUUUGUGGGCGCCUGUAAUCCACCUACAGAUCCCGGCAGGAAACCUCUCAGUCACAGAUUCCUACGACAUGUGCCCGUCAUUUACGUUGAUUAUCCUGGGGAAACCUCCCUGAAACAGAUUUACGGCACAUUUACACGUGCCAUGCUCAGGCUAACACCAAAUCUAAGAGGUUAUGCAGAGUCCCUGACAAAUGCAAUGGUGGAAUUCUACUUGGCUUCCCAGGAGAGAUUCACUCAGGACAUGCAGCCGCACUACGUGUACUCCCCGCGAGAAAUGACGCGUUGGGUGCGCGGCAUUUGCGAAGCCAUCAGACCGCUGGACAAUCUCUCGGUGGAAGGCUUGGUGCGUUUGUGGGCUCACGAGGCCCUUCGUCUAUUCCAAGACAGAUUAGUCGAGGAAAACGAGAGAGCUUGGACGAACAAGAACAUAGACAUCGUAGCUCUGAAGCACUUCAUGUCAGUCGACCGAGAGAAAGCAUUAGCCAGACCGAUCUUGUACAGCAAUUGGCUGUCGAAGGACUAUGUGCCAGUAAAUAGAGAAGAGUUGAGAGAUUAUGUUCGGGCGAGGUUGAAAGUGUUUUACGAGGAAGAAUUGGACGUGCCGUUGGUACUCUUCGACGAGGUUCUCGAGCAUGUUCUACGGAUUGACAGAAUUUUCCGACAGCCUCAGGGACACUUGUUACUCAUCGGUGUCUCUGGCGCUGGAAAGACAACUCUGUCGAGAUUCGUUGCAUGGAUGAAUGGUUUAUCGAUUUUCCAAAUCAAGGUGCACAACAAGUAUACUGGUGAAGAUUUCGACGAAGAUCUGCGACAAGUGUUGAGGCGAUCCGGCUGCAAGGAUGAAAAAAUAGCUUUCAUUCUCGACGAAUCGAACGUAUUAGAUUCCGGCUUCCUCGAACGUAUGAAUACCUUGCUCGCCAAUGGAGAAGUUCCCGGAUUAUUCGAAGGUGACGAGUACACGACGCUCAUGACGCAAUGCAAAGAGGGCGCUCAGCGAGAAGGCCUAAUGCUGGAUUCCAACGAGGAGCUGUACAAAUGGUUCACUGGCCAGGUCAUGAAGAAUCUGCACGUCGUGUUUACGAUGAACCCGAGUAUGGACGGUCUGAAAGACCGCGCGGCAACGUCGCCAGCGUUGUUCAACAGAUGCGUGCUAAAUUGGUUCGGCGAUUGGUCGGACAACGCACUGUUCCAAGUUGGCAAAGAGUUCACUAAUCGCGUCGAUCUCGAGAGACCCAUGUGGAAAUGUCCGGAUUUCUUCCCGUCUGUGUGCUCCUUGAUCCCGGCGCAGCCCUCGCACAGGGACGCCGUUAUAAACGCGUGCGUUUACGUGCACCAGACCCUGCACAAAGCGAACACGCGGCUAGCGAAAAGAGGCGCCAGAACGAUGGCGAUCACGCCACGCCAUUACCUAGAUUUUAUCAAUCACUUCGUUAAGCUGUAUCAAGAGAAGAGGAGCGACCUGGAGGAACAACAGUUGCAUUUGAAUGUCGGUCUGAGUAAAAUUGCCGAGACAGUGGAGCAGGUGGAAGAAAUGCAGAAGAGUUUAGCUUUCAAAUCUCAGGAACUGCAAGCUAAAAACGAUGCUGCCAAUGCAAAAUUAAGACAAAUGGUCAAGGAUCAGCAAGAAGCGGAGAAGAAGAAGGUGCAGAGUCAAGAAAUCCAGCAGCAGCUGGCUAUUCAGACGGUGGCUAUUAACCAAAAAAGGGAUGAUGUUAUGGCGGACCUCGCCCUAGUCGAACCGGCUGUUAUCGAUGCUCAAACCGCGGUGAAAUCGAUAAAGAAACAGCAUUUAGUCGAGGUUCGCUCCAUGGCGAAUCCGCCGGCGAUUGUGAAGGUCGCACUGGAGUCUAUCUGCUUAUUGCUCGGUGAAAAUGCUAGCGACUGGAAAUCUAUCCGCGCGGUCAUCAUGAGGGACAAUUUUAUCAAUACGAUUGUCUCUAAUUUCAGUACUGAGGACAUUACCGACGAGGUGAGAGACAAAAUGAAGAGUCGCUAUCUAAGCAAUCCGGAUUACAACUUUGAGAAAGUAAAUCGCGCUAGUUUGGCUUGCGGUCCUAUGGUGAAAUGGGCCAUAGCGCAGAUCGAGUACGCUGACAUGUUGAAGCGAGUCGAACCGCUACGCGACGAACUUUAUUCUUUGGAGCGGCAAGCGGAAACGAACAAAGUGAAAGGUGAACAGGUGAAGAACUUGAUCGCUCAAUUGGAACAGAGUAUAGCAUCAUACAAGGAGGAAUACGCCCAACUUAUCUCACAAGCGCAAGCCAUCAAAGCAGAUCUGGAGAGUGUGCAGGCUAAAGUGGAUAGAUCGAUCGCUUUAUUGAAGUCCUUGGUCAUAGAGAGGGAGAGAUGGGAAGCGACAAGCGAGACAUUCAAGAGCCAGAUGUCCACAAUAAUCGGUGACGUUCUAUUGUCCUCCGCUUUUCUGGCUUACGCUGGUUACUUCGAUCAACACUACCGUCAAAACCUCUUCACCACGUGGUGCCAGCAUUUGCAACACGCAAACCUACAAUUCAGACCUGACAUCGCGAGAACGGAAUAUCUGUCCAAUCCAGACGAACGUUUGAGAUGGCAGGCGAACGCAUUGCCGACCGACGAUCUUUGCACCGAGAACGCGAUUAUGUUGAAACGCUUCAACAGAUAUCCGCUAAUCAUCGAUCCGUCCGGUCAGGCAACGGAGUUCAUUUUGAACGAGUUCAAGGACCGGAAGAUAACAAAGACCAGCUUCUUGGACGACUCGUUCAGGAAAAAUCUCGAGAGUGCUCUACGCUUUGGCAAUCCCCUGUUGGUUCAGGAUGUGGAGAAUUACGAUCCUAUAUUGAAUCCCGUGUUGAACCGAGAAUUGAGACGAACAGGCGGACGCGUGCUCAUCACGCUCGGCGAUCAGGACAUAGAUCUCUCGCCGUCCUUCGUCAUCUUCCUGUCGACGAGAGACCCGACGGUGGAGUUCCCACCGGACAUCUGCUCCCGCGUGACGUUUGUUAACUUUACCGUCACCAGGAGUUCUCUGCAGAGCCAGUGCCUGAAUCAGGUGUUGAAGGCCGAGCGUCCGGACAUCGACGAGAAGAGAUCCGACCUGCUCAAACUGCAGGGUGAAUUCCAUCUGCGGCUGCGGCAACUUGAGAAAUCUCUGCUGCAAGCGUUGAACGACGCCAAGGGCAAGAUCCUCGAUGACGACUCCGUGAUCACCACUCUCGAGACCCUGAAACAGGAGGCCGCCGAUAUCAGUAAGAAGGUCGAGGAAACGGACAAAGUCAUAGCGGAGAUCGAGACAGUUUCCCAGCAGUACAUGCCACUGUCGCAGGCGUGCUCGAACAUGUACUUUACGAUGGACAGCCUCAACCAGGUGCACUUCUUAUAUCAGUAUUCGCUGAAGAUGUUCCUCGACAUAUUUACGUACGUGCUGUCGCAAAAUCCGAAGCUGUCCGGCAUGUCGGACUACAGCCAGCGACUCACGCUCAUCACGCGCGAGCUGUUCGCCGUUUGUUACGAGCGGGUUGCGCGAGGCAUGCUGCACACGGACAGGCUGACGUUCGCCCUGCUGCUCUGCCGCAUUCAUCUGAAGGGCAUACCGACGGAGUCCACGUACGACAGCGAGUUCACAUUCUUCUUGCGCGGUAAGGAAGGCGUGUUGAACAUCCGGGCGCCUCCGAUAACCAAUCUGAGCUCGGAACAGCAGGAGGCGAUGAUGCGCCUGAGUAUAAGGUUACCCGCCUUCAAGAAGCUCGCUGAGAAGAUUCAGGAAAGUGCGGAGUUUGGCGCGUGGCUGCAAUCGCCCACGCCCGAGACGUGUGUGCCGAAGCUCUGGGACGAAGAAAAACCGCUGUCGCCCACGGGAACGGCGAUGCACCAACUGCUGAUCAUACAGGCUUUCCGGCCGGAUCGCGUGAUUGCGGCCGCGUCCCUGGUGGUCGCUUCAGCCUUCGGCGACUCUUUCAUGCCGGCCGCGGAGGCUGAGCUUGACUUCGCAUCCGUCGUAGAGAAUCAACUCAAGGCGACCGUGCCGGCUUUGAUGUGCUCGGUGCCGGGCUUCGAUGCUUCGAGCAGAGUGGACGAUCUUGCCGCGGAAUUGGGCAAACAAAUAGCUAGCAUUGCUAUCGGAUCGGCGGAAGGAUUCAAUCAGGCUGACCGGGCUAUAAACAUGGCUGUAAAGGCCGGCAGAUGGGUGCUGCUGAAGAACGUACAUCUCGCUCCGCAAUGGCUUGUGCAGCUGGAAAAGAAGUUGCACAGUCUCCAACCGCACGCUAGUUUCCGAUUAUUCCUGACGAUGGAGAUAAAUCCGAAAGUACCGGUGAAUCUGCUGAGAGCCGGCAGGAUCUUUGUGUACGAACCGCCUCCCGGCAUACGAGCAAACCUGUUGCGUACGUUCAGCACCGUACCCGCCUCGAGGAUGAUGCGAGCGCCGAACGAAAGGGCCCGUCUUUACUUCCUGCUCGCAUGGUUCCACGCAAUCGUGCAGGAACGAUUGCGCUAUGCUCCGCUGGGCUGGGCCAAGCACUACGAGUUUAACGAGAGCGACUUGAGAGUCGCCUGCGACACUUUGGACACAUGGAUCGAAGCCACGGCUAUGGGCAGGACGAAUCUACCGCCCGAGAAGGUACCUUGGGACGCCCUGGUGACCCUUCUCUCACAGUGCAUCUACGGCGGCAAGAUCGACAACGACUUCGAUCAACGUCUUCUGGCUUCCUUCUUACGCAAGCUUUUUACGCCACGCUCUUUCGAAGCGGACUUUGCUUUAGUCGCCAACAUUGACGGUGCGCAGGGCAAUCAGAGACACAUCACGAUGCCGGACGGUACUAGACGUGAUCACUUCUUAAAGUGGAUCGAGUCCCUCUCGGAUAGGCAGACGCCUUCUUGGCUGGGUCUGCCGAAUAACGCGGAGAAGGUGCUGCUAACCACGAGGGGAACCGAUUUGGUCUCCAAACUUCUCAAGAUGCAACAGUUGGAGGACGAAGACGAGCUGGCGUAUUCGAAUGAAGAGUCUUUGGACACACCGAGGGAAGCUGAAGCGGACGGUCGGCCUUCUUGGAUGAGAACUCUGCACAAUUCGGCCUCAACUUGGCUACAACUACUUCCAAAGAACCUGCCGAUUUUGAAGAGAACAGUCGAGAAUAUCAAAGAUCCAUUGUACAGAUACUUCGAAAGGGAAGUCAACAGCGGUGCAAAAUUACUUCAAGAUGUUAUCCACGAUUUGGAAGAUGUCGUAUUAAUCUGUCAAGGCGAGAAAAAGCAGACCAAUUACCAUAGAACGAUGCUGUCCGAAUUAGUGAAGGGUAUUCUACCCGGUGGCUGGAGGAGAUACACGGUGCCAAGAGGCUGUACAGUCAUACAAUGGAUCACCGAUUUCAGUCAUAGAGUCUCGCAGCUGCAAGAAGUCUCGCGUUUAGUCUCUCAAGGCGGAGCGAAAGAAAUAAAGAGUUUCCCAGUUUGGCUCGGAGGCUUGUUGAAUCCCGAGGCUUACAUCACCGCGACCAGGCAGUGCAUCGCGCAGGCUAAUAGCUGGUCACUCGAGGAACUGCAAUUGAACGUAACUAUCGGCGAUGGUGAUAAUAUCGCUACAGACGAUUGCUCCUUCGCUGUCACCGGUCUUAAGCUGCAAGGCGCGCAAUGUAAGGAUAAUCAAUUAUAUUUAACGUCAACUAUUAUGACCGACCUGCCGGUCACCAUGCUGCGAUGGGUGCGAUCGUCUACGGAAGAUAUCAGAAAGGGCAAAUUGUCUUUGCCAGUUUAUUUGAACAGCACUCGUACCGAAUUGCUAUUUACCGUCGAUUUGAAUAUCGCUCCUAGUCAAGAACCGCAUAGUUUUUACGAGAGAGGGGUUGCUGUUUUAACAUCCACCGCUUUGAAUUAAUAGUUAAAAUAAUUUAACUAAUUAUUGAAACCGUUUAGCGCGAAUUGUAUUGCUUGUAACGCAAAAAAGAGAGUAAUUAUCACAGAUGAAAACAGUAUAAGAUGCGCAUGUUACGGCAUUUGUAAAGAAAAAAGGAAGGCAAAGUAACAUGCGACUUUAUAGCUUACAAGUAUGAAGUCUGAAGUAUAAAGACAUUAAAAGAAAUAUAUAUAUAUUUUACACGAAUUGCUUUCACAAGUUUCCAAAGGAUUUUGUGCUGAAUGUAUACAAUUAAAAAUGAGAAUACUUUCGGCGCAUAGAGCAUAAUUAAAUGUAUAUCGUUCGUUUAUAAGAAUUUAA